AUGAAGAUGUUAACAAAGUUUGAGUCCAAGUCUACCAGGGCGAAAGGAAUUGCCUUUCAUCCAUCCAGACCAUGGGUUUUGGUAGCACUUUUCUCUUCUACCAUCCAAUUGUGGGAUUACCGUAUGGGUGUUUUGCUUCACCGUUUUGAAGAUCACGAGGGCCCUGUUCGAGGAAUUGAUUUCCAUCCAACGCAGCCUUUAUUUGUUUCGGCAGGUGAUGAUUAUACUAUCAAGGUUUGGUCUCUUGAAACCAAUAAAUGUUUGUUCACCUUAGAUGGACACUUGGAUUAUGUCCGUACCGUAUUCUUCCAUCAUGAAUUGCCAUGGAUCAUUUCUAGUUCUGACGAUCAAACGAUUCGUAUUUGGAAUUGGCAAAACAGAAAAGAAAUUGCCUGCUUAACAGGCCAUAAUCACUUCGUUAUGUGUGCUCAAUUCCAUCCAGUCGAGGACUUAGUCGUAUCUGCUUCCUUGGAUGAAACAGUGAGAGUGUGGGAUAUUUCAGGCUUGAGAAAGAGACACUCCGCUCCAGGUUCACAAUCUUUUGAUGAACAAAUGAGACAACAACAAAACCUGCUUGAUGGAGGUUUUGGUGACUGUGUCGUAAAGUUCAUUCUUGAAGGUCAUACUAGAGGUGUUAAUUGGGCCUCUUUCCAUCCUACAUUGCCAUUAAUUGUUUCUGGUUCUGAUGACCGUCAAGUUAAAUUAUGGAGAAUGAGCGCUACAAAGGCUUGGGAAGUUGAUACUUGCAGGGGACAUACAAAUAACGUGGACUCUGUCAUUUUCCAUCCGUACCAGAAUUUGAUUAUAUCUGUUGGUGAGGACAAAACUUUGAGAGUUUGGGAUCUGGACAAAAGAACUCCAGUAAAGCAAUUUAAAAGAGAGAACGAUAGAUUCUGGUUAGUGAGAGCUCAUCCAAAUUUGAACUUGUUUGGUGCUGCUCAUGAUUCUGGUAUUAUGAUAUUUAAACUUGACCGUGAAAGACCACCAACUGCAACUAACCAAAACCAAUUGUUCUUUAUUAACAAAGAGAAACAAGUACAAAUGUUUGAUUAUCACAAAAGAAUCACUUCUCUUCCAUACGUUUCAUUAAAGAACAUUGGUAAGCCUUGGAGCUCCUUCCGCAGCAUGUCAUACAACCCAUCUCAACACUCGGUAUUGGUCAAUUCUUCCGAGAAGGAAUCUGACAGAUUCAGUUUAUGCGUCCUACCAAAACAACCAACUGGAGCAGUAGAAGCUAGUAAUGUUAUUACUGAUGACGGUAGCUUUGCUACAUUUGUUGCUCGUAACAGAUUUAUCGUGCAUAACAGCAGUUCAAGUAGUUUGGAAGUGCGCAGUCUAGAUAACAAGGUUACAAAAUCCAUCAAAUUAUCUGCUAGCGUAAAGGACAUUACAUUGGCUGCACCUGGUACUGUAUUGAUCUUAUACAGUCAUUCCGUUGUAUUGAUGGAUGUUCAACAAGGUAAAGCCCUUGCGGAAUUACCUUUGAAGAAUAUCAAAUACACUGUGUGGUCACAAGAUGGUCAAUACGUCGCAUUGAUGAGCAAGCACACAUUGACUAUUGCCAAUAGAAAAUUGGAAAUUGUUACAUCCAACCACGAAAGUAUCAGAAUUAAGAGUGCCAGCUGGGAUGAAACCGGGGUUUUGAUUUACUCUACGUUGAACCACAUUAAGUACUGCUUGUUGAAUGGUGAUUCAGGUAUUAUCAAAACUUUAGAAAAAACCCUCUAUAUUUCAAAGGUUCAUGGAAAAUUCGUAUAUGCUUUGAAUAGAGAAGGUGAAGUUGAAAUUUUGACCAUUGAUCCUACAGAAUAUCGUUUCAAGAAAGCUUUGGUUAACAAGAACUUCCCAGAAGUUAUACGUAUCAUUAAGAAUUCUAAUCUAGUUGGCCAAAAUAUCAUUUCGUACUUGCAAAAGUCAGGAUAUCCAGAAAUCGCUCUACAAUUUGUUGAAGAUCCCCAAACGCGUUUCGAUUUAGCAACUCAAUAUGGUAAUCUUGAAGUUGCAUUGGAAGAGGCUGAAAAGCUAAACAACGAUCUUGUUUGGGAAAAGUUAGGUAAGGAAGCUUUCGCUCAGGGCAACACUGAUAUCGUCGAAUUAGUUUAUCAAAACACCAAACAAUUUGAUAAAUUAUCAUUUUUGUAUCUAUUGAAAGGUGACACUUCGAAGCUGACAAAAAUGGAAACUAUUGCUGAACAUCGUUCUGAUAUUGCAGGUUUGAUUCAAAACACUUUCUAUAAUAACUCCAUACAAAAGCGCGCAAGUGUGUUUUUGAAUGCUGGGUCUGCUCCAUUGGCUUAUGCUGUCGCUAAGGCGAAUGGCGAUGAUGAUCUUGCAGAGUCUAUUUUGCAAUCUGAGGAAAUUGAUGAGCAAGAUGUGUCUUUGCCAGAGAUUGUAUCUUCGUCAACAAAUAUUAAAAACAGUGUUUUGCCUGCCCCAUUAAAGAACUGGCCUUUGAAGGAUGCCGAAGUCUCUUUCUUUGAAAAGGCAUUGCUCGGUCAAAUGCAAGAAUUGGAUAUUUCUGACGAAAAAGAAGAAGAACCACUUGAAUCACAGGAGGUAGACCAAUUUGCAAUCGCUGACCAAGAAAAUAUUGAAUUCGAAGAUGAAGAUAUCGGUAAUGAAGAAGAUGCUUGGGACUUAGAUGAAAAUGACUUAGAGUUAGACGACGACUUAGAGCCGGAGGAAACUGAAGUCGCAGAGGAGACUGGGGAGGAAUCAGAAUUACCUACUUGGAUCAAAAAUUCCAAACUUCCUGCAGUGCUAGUUGCCGCAGGUGCGUUUGACGCGGCUGCACAAGCAUUGAACAAACAAGUAGCUGUUGUCAACUUUGAGCCUCUCAGAAAACGCUUUAUUGAUAUAUACGAUGGUGCUAGAACAUACAUCAGCGGAACGCCUAAUGAAAUUCCUUCUAUAGUUGGAUAUAUCCGUGCUGUUGCUGACGAAGAGGACAGAUCAAAAAUCCUACCGCUUGUUCCAGGUGUUGAAGUUGUAACAGCUAUCUUGAACGAAGGUUUCAAAGCAUUUAAAGCCAAUAAGCUAGAAAUUGCCAUUCAACAUUUCCGUGAUGUGAUCUAUACCGUUUCUUUAUUGGUGGUGAAUGACAAAGAGGAUGAGACAACUGCACAAUCCGCCUUGGCUACUGCCCGUGAGUAUGUUUUAGGUCUAUCCAUGGAACUUGAGCGUCGUUCCCUACCGGCAAGUGAUGUUAAACGUAAUCUAGAACUAGCCGCAUAUUUCAGCAGAACAAAGCUCCUCCCUGUUCAUAGAAGUAAUGCUUUGAAUGUUGCUAUGACUCAAUCAUUUAAAAAUAAGAACUUUGUGUUGGCUUCAUAUUUUGCAGGCGAAUUCUUAAAGAUUGUCACUACCGGAGCUCGUGCUGAACAAGCCCAAAAAAUUAAGGCUAAAGCUGACAGCUUGGCUCACGAUGCAAUUGAAAUUGAUUUCGAUCCUUACGCCGAGUUUGAUAUUUGUGCAGCUUCUCAUACUCCAAUAUACAAAGGUACUCCUUCCGUUACAGAUCCACUAACGGGUGCGAAGUACCAUGUGUCUGAGAAGGGCAAGAUUGACUCUAUUGCGUUGAUCUCGAAAAUCGGAGCUCCUGCUUCGGGACUAAGGAUACAAUUGUCUAUAAAUUAG